CUACUAUUAAUGAUUUCCCUUAGCCUUAACCAAAACAAUAAACGAAAACAUUUAUGUGCUUCAUAGCUUAUGAGUAUAUAUUGAAAAAUAAUAAGGUAAAAGUUAAUGUAUGUAACUUUAUUUUAGUGAACAAUUGUAGAUUAUGUCUCAAUACAGAAAUUCCUACAUAAUUAUAAUUAACAUCUUCCUGAUAAUGUAACUAUGUCACUAUGUCAAUUAUGUUUUCAGUGGCCCAGUCAUUGACUGAUUCAGUGCGACUCUCUACUCUGUAGACGUAGUCUAUAGUGACUGUAGCUUGUCUUUGAACUUGAGGAUUGGGCCUACAACCUAAUGUCAACAUUAAUUAGGAUAUAGACUCAUUAAUCAUCCUUGUAUAUUUGAAAAGUAAGGAAGAAUAUUUUACAGUAUAUUUGAAAUACUUAUUUGAAGUAGAGGCACCAGAGGCUGGAGUAUUUCUGCAGACUCAGACUGCAUGUCCUUUUCAAAAUCCUUUUUUUUCCCAUUUUUUUUUUUUUUUUUUUUGUGGUGACCAGGGAAUUUAGUGAAGGUGAAAAGUUUUGAAAUUUUGAAAAGGUUGGGAAACCCUUUUGUAAGCCUAUUACUAUUAUUAUUAAUUUUUAUUUUUUAUAGUUUUUUUUUUUUUCUUUUUUUUUUUUUUUUUUUUUUUGUGGUGACCAGUGAAUUCAGUGAAGGUGAAAAGUUUUGAAAUUUUGAAAAGGUUGGGAAAACCUUUUGUAAGCCUAUUACUAUUAUUAUUAAUAUUUCUAAAUUCUAAAUAAUAUUUGGUUAGGGCUUACUAAUUUAGAUUUUAAUUAUAAAUUUCAUUAAAAAGAAACAUUUUAACAUAAAUGAUGAAGGAAGAAUGAAAAUAAAAUUGUAGAUUGAGUGAAGUCUAAGUAAUUCACUUUUCCAAAAAUCUGUAAAAUGAAAUAGAAACAUCAUCACUACACUCAAUAAAUUAUAUUAAAUAUCUAACAUUAUUAUUAACUAAUCUAAUGCAUGCAAUUACUAAAGUUAAAAUAUUUUUUUCUUGAUUUUCUAGGAAGAAACAUUGAAAUUUUGACUAUUUGAAGCAGCAGUUCAAAAAGAAUGGCAGCAGUUGAUGAAAAAGUGACUAAAGAUGCAUGGAUGAAACAGCUGAUGAAUCAACAUGUGGGCAGAGCAGAUAUGAAUAAAUUAAUUAUGAAUUACCUUGUGACAGGUGACAUUAAUUUAAAUUAUGUGCAUAAUUCUUACAUCUUGUAUUUCUAUUUCCUUUUAAUAAAUUUUAUAUCUUUAUAUAAAUUGUUUUAAAAGUAAAUCAUUUGUAUAUAAAUAAACUUUCUUAUUUUAAAAUAAAUUUUAUAUUUUUUCAUAAAUAAUUCAACUCCUCUCUAACUUUUGUUCACAUGCAUUCCUCAUUUUCCCAAAAAUCAUGUCCAGUGAACAAUUUCAAGUUAAAGACAACAUUUUAAGAUUUGUGCAUGAAAUUUUUUUUUUUAAAUAUGACAUUAAACUGGCUCACUUUUUAUUAACUGCUUAAAUUUCAACAGAGGGUUUCAAAGAGGCUGCUGAAAAGUUUAGUGCAGAGUCAGGAGUCACACCUUCAGUUAACUUAGACAGUCUGGAUGACAGGAUUCGCAUUCGCCAGGCAAUCUUGGAUGGUAGAAUAACAGAGGCCAUUGGAAUUAUUAAUUCACUCUAUCCAGAACUACUAGAUAAUGAUCGUUAUUUAUAUUUUAGAUUACAGGUAAAACAAUUUCUUACUUUGGUGUGUCUCAUGUUUUUUUUUAAAUGCUUUUAAAUAGUAAAAAAAAUUCUGCCACAAUGUACAAUUUUGGAUGUUCUUGAAUUAUUGAUAUGUAUAGAUAUUAUGGAAAAAAACAUUUGUCAUUUCCUUAUUUAAUGACCUUGUGUCCUCAAAUCUAUUAACUGUGCUUCACUUCAAAUGAAUAUAUAUACAAGGUUGUUCAUAUUUUCAUUGCCAGCAACAACAACUGAUUGAACUUAUCAAGAAUAAAGAACUGGAAAAAGCUUUAACUUAUGCACAGAACAGGCUGUCUGAGAGAGUUGAAGAGAAUCCAAAUGUACUACCAGAGCUUGAGAAAACUCUUGCAUUACUUGCCUUUGACAAUCCUGAAUCGUCCCCCUUUGGUGAACUACUGCAUCCUUCUCAGAGACAAAAGGUACCAUGGGCUUUCCAGUUUACAUGAACAGCUAGUUAAAUACUUUCUCCCCUCACAUAUUUAGAAAAAAAUAAUUGUGUAAGUUUUAACAAAUCUACUGCUAAACAUGAGCUAAUUGCAACUUUUAUAAAAGUUACUUUAAAACUCUUUAACUAGGUGGCAAGUGAGGUGAAUGCAGCUAUUUUAGAAACAGACUCAACCCCUCGGCUGGCUAACCUUCUGAAACUGUUGUUGUGGGCACAAGAAGAAUUAGAUAAGAGAAAGGUAACAAAAAUAUUAAAAUUGAAUACUUGAAAUUAUUUUUUUCAAAAUUCUUGUAGGUACUCAACAUAGUUGUGUAAUUUUAUUCAUAAGAGCCUGCACAUGGAGUAAUAGCUUUUUAAGAAGUCCUGUGGCAACAAAUUUAACUUCCAAUCAUAACUUUGAGGAGACUAAAGAAAAAUGUACAGAAAAAAAUUAUUGAAAGAUAUCGCUUAUAUCCAUAGAGCGCUUUCAAACAAUGAUUUGGAACAUUUUUUUUGUGUGUUUUAAAUUAAAUAUUUGCUAAUGCACAUUAUGCAUAUUUUUUAUCAUAUUUAUUUUGUUCUAUCCUAAAGGUGCCUUUUCCUCAUAUGACAAAUGUAGCUGAAGGCAGUAUUGAUGAUCCAUAAACUGCAGUGUUGAAUAAGUUCACCAUAUCAGUUUUUUUCUUCCUAAUACCAUUUUUUAAAAGUUAAUUCCGAAUAAGGGGCCAUCCACCAACCCCCCUGUUGCAUGCAUACUUUCUUUUGGACACACCCCACCAAUGCAUACUUACAAGAAGCUUUCGGAGCCCCCCUUAAAAAAAAAAACACCAAUGAAAUCAAAUAAUUAUAUAUACUUAUGACAUCACAAAAAUUUGUAAAAAAUAUGUCACAGGUUUACACCGCUGACUCUUUAGCCAGCUCAGUGGUUCCCACAAUAUACACUAAGUCAUGCUGAGUGCUACGUUGCCCUGUGGCAGAGCCAUAAGAUUUUGGCAAAGAGAGAGUCUUUUGGCAGGACCUUAGUAGUGAAUUAAGAUAUAAUAUCCCAUAUACUUAAAUAAGAUAUAGGUCUGCCCGGGAAGGCACUUUUUUCCAUAUAUUAAGUGUGGAACCAUUCAUUUUCCAGCUGUGCCCCUGAGUUCCAGUUUUCCUUGGCAUGUAUGUCCCUGUCCUUGUUUGCCUCGACUUCCUCAAGGGCAAUCUCCACCCUCAGUGCUAUAUACUAUAUGGAUGGCCCCUAAUGAGAGAAUUGUAAUAAUUUUUUUUAAUUACAAUGAUUAUACCAUAAAUUCCAAGGUUUUAAAAUAUUUUUAAAAAAGGAUUUUUCCAUCAUUAGAAUUACAAGUUACAAGUGAAUUUUUUCUUUUUGGUAUUUUUGUUGUUAAAAGCUUAUUAUCUCCCAUCUAGAGAUUCCUAAUCCUUUAAAAAUAAAAUUCAAACAUCAAAAUUUAUUAUCAGUCUAGAUAAGAAUCAUUAUAUGAUCCACUUAAGAAUAAAGAAUGCUAUUAUUAUAAUAAUAUAAAAGAAUUAUUGCCAGGGUGCUGAAGUGGUUGGGUGUGAAAUAAGCAAAUAGAGUUAAAAAUUAUUGGUGACUGGAUUAUGAACAGAUUGCUGGUUUCAAUGUUUUGGUGUUUGAGUAACUUGAUGUUUUAAGUACAUUUGUCUUUAAAUAAAUGCAUAUUUAAAUAAUUGGAUGUUUAAAUGAAUGAGUGUUUAAAUAAUUGGAUGUCUUAAUGAAUGCUGUUUAAAAUCAAAGAAAGAGUAUUUAAAUUAGUGAAUCUUUAUCUGAAUGUGUCUGGAUCUGAUUCUUCACUGACUGAAUGAUGAAUGAACAGGAGUUUAAAUACUAUAUAAUAAUAUAUGACAGAUGAAAAAACAUAAUUCUGAAGUCACAAAAAUAUUUCUAAAUCAAUCUUCAUAGCUGCAAACUGCUGUGUAUGUCAUAUUUACAGCAAUGAAAGACUAUCAUAUCACACCACUGUUUCUUAAAUCAUCUUUAUCUGGUAUGAUGUCAUCUUUAUACUUGUCUUGUGUGACUAAAACUCUCUCAACUUUGAUCAACAUCGUUACACCAAGAACUGAGAUAAAUCUUCUAAACCAGGAGUGGGCAAACUAAGCCCCGCGGCGCGGCAACUGACAUUAUGUAGCCCUCGAAGGCAUUUAGAAAUUUUUUUUUUAAAUUAUUUUUUUAUUUUUGUUGAAUUUUACAGAAUUUCAUUUACCGAUAUUAUUAUUUUAAAAUUUUUUGAUCUGCUUUCUUUCUAACUUUCUAUUUUUCUAAACAGUCCAUGACUUUUGUCAUGCAAUGCUAAAAUGCGAAUUUACCAAUUUUUAAUAAAGAGAAAUGUUUAUCGACAUGUAAAAAUUGGACAUAAUAUACAUGUGGCCCCCCCAAUAGCUUUACGUUUGUCAAUGUGGCCCUCGCACAAGUUUGCCCACUCCUGUUUUAAACAAUCAAAUUUUCCUCAUGUGGAUUUUAGUUCAGCUGAUCUUUCAGUUAGAAAUUGUUUAAAAUUGAGCAAUUUCUUUCUGUUUCCUGACUUGUAUUCAUUUAUAGAUAGAGGAUGUGGUUUUUAAAUAAAAUGACUUCAUAAACAAAUUACUUUAAAUUCCUGAUUUAUAUUAAUUAUCAAUGCCUUUUUUAAGCUGUUGAAGAUUUCAUUGUUAAAGAUAAUAUACUUUUACAGGCUCUUAUUCUUCUGUAAAUAUUUUUGUCUCAUCUCUUGGCAUUAUAAUAGUAUGAAUUGUUAAAUUGUCCUGUACAAAAUAUGAUUUUUAAAGCCUGUCUUAUUCCCUACUUGCGCAUUUUGUUUCUUUACUGAGGAAACUUUCUGUCAUUUCAAAUAAAAGUUGAGU